UCGGGAGCGGGGAGAAGGCUGGGAAGGGACGCGCGGUCUCGGCGCUCCCUCCGCGGGGGCGCUUCGGGAGCGCGUUACCCGCCGCCACGGGCGGGAGGGCUCAGCCGCCUGAGGGGAGUGAGGGGCGGUGGUGCGAGGGAUAUCGGUGACCUGUGGUGUGCGUGAGGAACAGCAGGGACCGGUGGUUGUGAGAGGCACCAGGUGGUGUGAGGGACACCAGGGACCGGCGAUGUGUGGGAUCGGUGGUGUCUGUGAGGGACACCAGGGACCCGUGGUGCUGUCAGGGACUCCAGAGACCGGCGGUGUGUGGCGUCGGUCGCGGUUGUGAGGGAUAUCAGGGGCCUGUGGUGUGUGUGAGGGACACCAGGUGGUGUGAGGGACAGCAGGGACCGCCGAUGGACACCAGGGAGCGGUGGCGUGAAGAAGCGGCCGCCUGAGGGGUGCAAGCGACCGCCUGCCCGAGGGGUGUGAGGGACUGAAGGUCCCGCCGCUUCCCCCUCCGCCCCGGCUCCGAUCCGAACUCUGAAACAUGGGAAAGGCUGUGCCUCGGUGACAUGGCUGCUCCCCGGUGUGUCUGGAAGGGAGAGCACAUUUCAUCCUCCCCCAGCGAGGUGCCUGCGGAGUGUAUGUACAGGCAGAGGCAUCAGAAUCAUGGAGGGGCUCUUGCACUACAUAAACCCAGCACAUGCAAUUUCCCUUCUGAGCACCCUGAACGAGGAGCGUCUCAAGGGACAGCUGUGUGACGUUGUGCUCAUAGUGGGAGACCAGAAAUUUCGAGCCCACAAGAACGUUCUGGCUGCCAGCAGUGAAUACUUCCAGACUCUGUUCACAAACAAGGAGAACGAGUCUCAGUCAGUGUUUCAACUCGACUUUUGCGAGCCGGAUGCUUUUGAUAAUGUGUUGAACUACAUUUAUUCUUCAUCCUUGUUCAUUGAGAAAGGCAGUCUCGCAGCUGUGCAAGAGCUGGGCUACAGUCUUGGGAUAUCCUUUCUCACAAACAUCGUUUCCAAGAGUCCCCAAGCUCCUUUUCCUGCCUGCCCCAUCAAGAAAAUACUGUAUCAAGAUGAAGAUGAAAGUAGUUCCCAGAAGAGAAGUGUCAUCGUCUGUCAGAACAGAAUUGAAGCACAAGUGAAAAGCAUAAAUCAAACACAGCAUGAUUUAAGCCAUACUCCUAAACCUUCGCCCUCUGUGGCGGUCAAGACUAGCAGCAGACCACAAAUAACAAAACCAACUGAAACCCUUCACAGCUUAUCACUGACUGAAAGGAGGUGGCUGAAAGAAAGCCCUUUGGGCUAUACGAAGGUUCAUGAAACUCCUGGAACUGUGGAGGAUCAGGGCAGGGGUGGUUUGGUGAAAAGGAACACGGUGCUGCCUCAGAUGCCUUUAGCAGAGAAGGAAAUUGCAGACAACGAGCCAGGAAGCAGUGGUCAGCUUUUGAGGGGAAAGGCUGUGGAGAUGUCACUGAAGAGACCACGACCACCAGUCUUGUCUCUGCGUGGGGCAUCGGAAUCCACGUUUUUGUUGCGAGAGGCAGGGAAAGGAAACGGUCAAGGCGAAGACAGGAAUUUGCUGUACUACUCAAAGUUAGGGCUGGUAAUCCCAUCUAGUGGGUCUGGCCCAGAAAACCAAAGUAUUGACAGAAGUGGGCCCCUUGUAAAAAGUCUUCUGCGGAGGUCACUGUCCAUGGACAGCCAGGUUCCUAUUUACUCACCUUCCGUUGACCUAAAACCCGCACAGGUAUCGUCCUCCUCCUCACCGGGAACUAACGAUUCCCAGAAAACAUUUAACGUCGUGUCCCAGAAGUCAUCCUUGAAAGAGUCGUCGGAGAAGUUAGUCCUGGAUGAGAAACCACAGGUAAUACACCCACAUCGCCUUAGGUCUUUCAGUGCCUCUCAGUCCACUGACAGGGAGGUGGCUUCCCCUCUCUCGGAGGUGCGGAUAAAAACCGAACCGAGCAGUCCACUCUCGGAUCCCGCUGAUAUUAUAAGAAUUACGGUGGGUGAUGGUUCAGCCUCGACAAAUAAAGACUUUGCUUUUAAAACCGAGGAUGAUCACAAGGAGCCGAGCAGAAUUCCAGCAAAAAGGAGGUUUCAGGACGACAGAAUGCUGCCAUUCAAGAAGCUGAAGGCGGAUGAGCAGGGUUCUCCUGGCUCAGAAGAGAACUUUGAGGAAGGCUCAAGCCCUCCGCACCUUGAUGCUGAUUUUCCUGAUUCUGAUGUCAGUAAAGAUGAGUACAGCGAGAUGGAAGAAGCAAGACCAAAUAAAAAAUUUAAAUGCAAACACUGCCUUAAAAUCUUCAGAUCAACAGCAGGUCUUCAUCGUCACGUUAACAUGUAUCAUAAUCCAGAGAAGCCCUACGCUUGUGACAUAUGCCACAAGAGAUUUCACACCAAUUUCAAAGUGUGGACGCACUGCCAGACCCAGCAUGGAAUUGUGAAGAACCCCUCACCGGCCUCCAGUUCUCACGCCCUCUUGGAUGAAAAAUUCCAAAGAAAACUGAUCGAUAUAGUGAGGGAGAGGGAAAUCAAAAAAGCUCUGAUCGUGAAACUGAGACGUGGCAAGCAGAGCUUUCAGGGCCAGUCCGCUUCACAAGCACAGCAAGUCAUCAAGAGGAAUUUAAGGUCGAGAACCAAAGGAGCCUAUAUUUGUACCUACUGUGGGAAAGCUUAUCGCUUCCUCUCGCAGUUCAAACAGCACAUAAAAAUGCACCCAGGGGAGAAACCCUUAGGAGGGAACAAGGCUCCUAAGCAGAAGGAUCACAUUCAUAUUGAAAGCCCGGUGGAGAACAAGGAGGUUUAUCAGUGCCGGCUCUGCAAUGCCAAGCUCUCCUCACUCAUUGAGCAGGGAAAUCACGAGCGACUCUGUAGGAACGCCACUGUCUGUCCUUACUGCAGCCUUAGGUUUUCUUCUCCAGAGCUGAAGCACGAGCACGAAAGCAAGUGUGAGUACAAGAAGCUCACUUGCCUCGAGUGUAUGCGUACCUUCAAAUCAUCCUUCAGCAUCUGGCGCCAUCAGGUUGAGGUUCACAAUCAAAACACGAUGGCUCCAUCAGAGAACUUUUCCUUACCUCUCAUGGAUCACAACGGGGAAAUAACCAGUUCGUCCAGGUUGCCCCCGCAGUCAGAGUCCAAUAAAAUGAACAACUUUGUUGCUGCAAAGGAGGAUGGUGUGUUCAGUGACUCGUCAGAACAAAUCAACUUUGAUUCUGAAGACUCCUCGUGCCUACCUGAGGACUUAAGUGUCUCCAAACAGUUUAAAAUCCAGAUCAAAGAAGAGCCUGUGGAUGACAUCGAGGAUGAGGUCACCGAAACGAGCAGGGAACCUAAGGAGGUGGUCUCCAAGAAGGAUGCCAACUUGUGGCCCUGUGAGAAGUGCGGGAAGAUUUUCACCUUGCGCAAGCAGCUGGAGCGUCACCAGGAGCUCCUGUGCUCCGUGAAGCCCUUUAUUUGCCACGUGUGUAACAAGGCCUUCCGAACGAAUUUCCGGCUGUGGAGCCACUUCCAGUCUCACAUGUCGCAGGCUGCAGAGGAGGCCACGAACAAGGAGCCUGAGAUAUGCCCACCAGCUAACUCCCCGUCCCCGCCGCCCUUACCCCCGCCCCCGCCGCUCCCCAAAAUCCAGCCUUUGGAGCCGGAUAGCCCCACGGGCUUGCCGGAGAGCUCCAGUACUACUGAGAAGUUGUUCGUGCCCCAGGAGUCAGACACGCUGUUCUACCACGCCCCGCCGCUCUCGGCAAUCACAUUUAAAAGACAAUACAUGUGCAAACUCUGUCACAGGACUUUCAAGACGGCUUUUAGUCUCUGGAGCCACGAACAGACACACAAUUAAGCUUUAACAGAAACCUUACAAAGCUGUGUUCAGGGUCUCACAUGUCUGCCACACAGACUAGAAAUUUUAAGAGGAUCAAAACAAUGAUGAAAAAUGUGGAAUUUGUGAUGCUGCUUGGAUUUGAAGAUUAGGGGAGGCUAACUUGGUUAUUAGGUAGAAAGCAGAGUAAUUUAAAACCCUGUGGUCUGGGAUCUGAUAGUAACAGUAUAAAUUUUAUUUCAUUUAACACUGAAAUGCAAUUGCUUCUGGAUUGUAUGCAUGGAUCUUCAUCCUGUGAUGUUGGUGUGUGCGUGUGUAUUAUAUAUAAAGUUAUAUAUUAAAUGAAAGAGCAACAACAAUUUGGAUUCUAACUGUGAGCUUAUAGUAGUGAAAUACUGUAACCAACUUCAUUAAUUUGUUUUCAAAAAGGAAGCCAACACACGAGCUCCAUAUAAAUGGUUGCCAUGCACUGGCAGUUAGGGAGGAGGUGGAUGGAGUGUCUUGCUGUAUUGACUUAGACCUUAGAAACCUUUAGCAAUAACAAAUAAACCUCAACUUUGAGUAAUCCUGAUGUUAUUGGAUACGAAUGUUUGCUAUUUUAAGGGAACACGGAACUGUUUUGUUGUUGUAUGGAACUUGUGCAAAUUAAAAUAGAAUCUAAAGUCAGCAAUAUUAUUACUAAGAUUUUAUAUAAGAAGUAGCAGCAAGUCUGCUCUCAGCCAUUUAAUUUUAAGUUUCUAAGGAAAAUCAAGAGUGGGGGUACUUUGCUUUAUAUAAUGUCCCAAAGACUAAUUUCCUAUGGAUACUUGGGUAGCUGAAGUCAUUGUAUAACAGCCAUCAUAAUGCAAAUGGUACUGUUUGUAACAUGAACUGGGGUUCAAUGGACGUCAGACAAGUUUCAUAGCUUUGUUUCCACUAUUUGUACAACUGUUUGUAAUUCUGACUACAAAGGAAUGUAUAACUAUUAAAUCAACAGGAGAGAGCUCAUCGAGGGACAGAAGAUGAGUUGUGUUUCUAAACACGGUCAUAAGCUUGGCCAUGAGUACAAAGAUAUGUUUUAACAGAACCUAAAAAUGUAAAUAUUUAUAUAGACACCUGUAUAAAUGAAGAAGUAUGUAUUUGAAAUUUGUAUUAAGCGUUGCAUAUCCAGCUCAAAGCAGAGGAGAAAAUCACACUACAAUCACAGCAUUUUAUGAAUACAAUGCAUAGAGUAGUUCUUUCUGCAGCUUUUCUAUCAUAUGUGAUACUGUGUUGCAAUUUUCCAAUUUGUUGAAAAUUGUGGUAAUAAUGGAACCACUUCCAUGUGGUUCCAUUAUUUUACCUCAAAUCACAACUGGAGCAUUUAGUGUAAGUAGGAUCAUACAUAUUUACCAGGAGCUAUAGUAAGGGUCCAAAUUUUUCUGUAAGUAAAUACUUUCCCAGAAGCGUGAGGUGAACUAGCAGUGAGAAAUUCUUCUGCUGGAAUUUAAACUCGAUGGAGUGGUGAUAGAUUAGAGUGAAGGUAAAUGAUGCAAACAGUGUUUCUGAUCCUGACCAACCUUCCCCCUGCAGGGCUGGGAGAGGGGGGGAUGUCAUUCCACACUGCUGAGUCAGAGCCCAGUCUGUGUCUGCUGAAACCAGCACAGAGUUUGGUCACCAGUUUCAGGGGGAGCCAGAGUGAGGCUUUAGUUCUGUGUGUAACCAUGUAUGUGACUGUUCUUUCGAUAUCUCAAACUCAAAAGUCAGAAGAAUUGCAAGCUGACACUUAAGAUUUGUCAAAAUUAAGCACAAAUGUAAUUCCUAAGAAUCUGAGGAUGGGCAUCCUUAAUCAGGCACACACCAGAGUAGAUUUUUCUCAGUGAAAGCCCGAGUGUGCCACCAUUUUUUUUCCAACAGAUUUUUAAUCAUUUUUCCUGUAAUUUAAAUUUAAAAAGAAUUAGCUCAGGACAGACCCCUGACUUUUUUUUUCCAGCUACCAAAAAAUUUGCAAUGUUAGUUUCAAGCCUCUUCUGCUUCAUUUUUUACCAAAAUCUAAAAUUGUUACUGAACACUUCUAUUAGUUCUUUUUUUGCCCUCUUCCAGACAAAUUGUAGCUGAAUAUGAUUAGGCUAAUUUGCUUGAAUAUCAGUUAAACUCUUUCAGUGGCAUUGCAGUUAAAGAAGGUACUUGCUUAAUAGUGACAUUUCCAUUACUGACUUUUUUUAUUCCACCCAAUAAGACUAAAUUUCUUUCCUACCACAAACAAUUUCAAACUAAAAUGGUUAUUGCACUUAACCUGGCUUCAAAAAAAAAUCAGAAAAACAUAAAGCCCCACUAAGUAUCCUUCAAAUGUAUUUAAGAAAUCUGUGCAUAUAAAAUAUGAACAUGUUUUUGUAAAAUGGUUCCUGAGUUUUCAUCAAUUAUUCCCCUACACAACAGUCUGAAAGUGUAAAUGUAAAGUUCUUUCUGAAGGAAGGUGGCAGCGAGCUCAGCUGGGUCAGAGCCAUCUCACUUCCAACUGGGAUUCUGCUCUGUGAUAGGAUGAGAAAUUUUACACACUUUAAAUCAAAAUCUUGUGCAACAUUUUUGCAGAAACCUUGACCUUUUUCCUACUGUACUAAAAAAUCCAUCAAAUAUUUUUGAUCUGAAUAGCCUCCUAAGUUUUUCUUCAGUGUUUGGGGGGUUUUUUGUUUGGUUGUUUGGGUUUUUUUUAAUUUUGUUUUCAACUUCGAGCGUGUUCUGUGUGUUUGUUUUUUUUUUUAAUUUGGUUCCUCUCGUUUAGUAAAGGAAUUCAUGAUCUCUAAAAUUUAAAUAUGAGAUGUUUAUAUAGCAGUUCUGGUUUUCUAUUAGCUUUUAUACAGUAUCUUAAAAAGCCCUUGAUAGAAGUGUUUAUUUUGGAGGAUACGGAAUAAAUAUGCUUCCACUUAUAUAACUUUAAUAUAUGUUUUAAAAGUUAAAUUAUGGAGAAAAAAAAAUGUUAGUUGCUUGUUUAUAAAUAAAGAUCUUUUGAAGAGUGUCUAGUUUGGCCACAGCCAAAAUAAAAGGCAAAUUUAUUGAUACAAAAGCCUGUCUUCAGCAUAUUUUGUUUAAUUUUAUAGCUGUGUACUAAAGUGACACAAAGUUAGAGGUCUUGUUAAAUAUAAAAAGUGUUUUGCUUUGUUUCUUAAAACUUGUGACAGGAAUGUGCAGAUGGUUUAAUAUAUAGAUUAGAAUCUAUAAUUCUCCUCUUUUUUUGCUAUUUUUAUAAUCUGUCAGAUAAAUCUCAGUGAACUAUCCUGCUUCAGUGGAAGUAGAGGGGAAACUUGUGUUGCAUUUUAAGAGGAGCAGGGUUGAGCCAUGAAAUGUAUUUUGGUUUGGGACUUUUUUUUCCUUUCAGGCACCGUGUUGGCAAAGCCUCUGAGCCUAUGCUUGAGUCCAUUAAGAUCAGUCUUAAUUUAUUUUUUUUAAAGUGUUUAAGUUCUUUGCUGAAUUGGGACCAUGAUCAACCUUGAAAAUGAGCAAUGGCAGCAAAAUACGUACAGAUUUUGUUUUUUAAAGUCCUGGAACAAAAAGUUGAUAUUAAUUUUCCUCUCCAUAAAACCUGCAUAGAGAAUUGGGUGUAGCUUUACAAAAACAAAGGAUGUGAAUCAGGAAUUACACUGUCUUUAGUUUUGGGGGGUUUUUUGAUAAGGGGGAGAGAAACACCCUGUGACAGGUAAUUAAGGAGACAGUCGGUGAAGUGGGUGACUCCAGGGUUUGUCUGGGGUGUUUCAAACUGAGAUGUUUCCUUAUCUCUGACCCCAAACAGCUGUAAGAGGCUUUUCCUACAUUUCCUGUUUAGGCAGGAACAUCCAGGAGGUUUUUUUGCCUGAUAUUGUUUAUUUUCCCCCCAAGCAGGACACGCGGGUUUGCUCUGAAGCUCUACACGGACUCUGUUUCUGUUCCAAGCUUCCAGUGUUAAAACUAGUUUCUCCCAUGGGAUAAGGACAGACUAUGCCUAAUUUCUUGGCUCUUCUCAGUGAGGGUGCAAAUAUCUGGCAUGAGCCUGUAAUCUGGCAUGUGCCUAUACUGUUCAAUGAAAUUGUUUACAUUUUCUUACCAGAACAUUUAAUUAAAAAUCAAAACAAGCUUAGGGGCUUGGGGUUUGUUGGGGAUUUAUUUUUGGGGUUUUUUUGGUUUUGUUUUGGUUUUUGUUUUUAUUUUUUAGUGUUGGUGUUAAUGAAUCAGUGUUAAAAAUCUUUUUCUGUUGUUGCUGAGCACAGCCUGAUAGUAUUUUUAAUGGCAUUGAUUCUUGUUUAUUUAAAAUGACUUGUGAAAAACUGUACUGUAACUGCUCUACAGAAAGGGACACUAUCAAGAGAAAGGUUGGGUACAGAAAAUGGACUUACCUGUAUUAGAAAUACUUGACGUUAAUAAAAUUGAAGAAUUGAGUCAUAACACUUGAGCUGCUUUUUGGGCAUGAAAAUGCCCACUCCAGGCAUCCUCCGUUGUUGCAGGGAUGUCUGGAAAAUGUGUCUGAAUUCUGUGGGUUGAGCUGAUUUUUCAUGUUGCUUUUUCUCUCACUGUGCCAGAGUAAAGGACUCAAUCCAAUUUUUCCUUUUUCCAGCUUCUCAGCAAUACACAUUAUCUUUCAAAGACACAAACUUCCCACUACUGCAGCAGCAUCUUUAAUUCAAAUAUGUGCAUAAAACCAGGACAAGCUCCCCUUUGCAAUGUAACAUGCAAAAUACACUUCAAGUACAUAUUUUAAGGCUUAUUCUUGACAGUGUCCCUUUUUAAAAAAGCAGGAAAAUGGGAUCACUUUUAGUGCUUGGGUACAGGGGAACAGAUUCCUACAGUUUCUAAAAAUUGGGAUUGUCCAAUACAUUUGCUAGAGAAUUUUUCCAGUUAGUUACACAAAAUCACUUGUCAUUUUAAAGGAUUAUAGAGGUCAGACGAAGGAUGCUGGGUUUAUAAUCCUGUGUACCUUAUACAUUCUAUAUCCAUUCAAUACACCAGGAUGGGUUUUUACUUUUUUUAGGACUGAGACUUAAUAGCUUAAGGUAACUUUUUUCUUUAAUGUAAUGUAAAUCCAUUGCUGCUUUGUACAACUUUUUCUACCGUGUGUUUUCUUUACUUAGAUCUUGACUAAGAACUGUUGGCGUCCAAUAAACUUACACUUUGUUUCUUUUGAAA